CAGAGAACAACAAACAAGAUAGGGUGCCGACCGUCGGGAUGGGUGCAGCUACUUUGACAUACGAAACACUUCGCUUUGGGGAGUUUGAAGAUUUUCCUGAGACCUUGGAGCCCGUGUGGGUCUUGGGAAAAGAGUACAAUGCACUCACAGAGAAAGAUCAGAUUCUAUCAGAUGUCACUUCGAGAUUGUGGUUCACAUACAGAAAAAACUUCCCUCCCAUUGGGGGCACCGGACCCACGUCAGACACAGGCUGGGGUUGUAUGCUGCGGUGCGGCCAGAUGAUCCUGGGCGAGGCCUUGAUGUGUCGACAUCUAGGCCGAGACUGGAGAUGGGCCCGAGGCCAGAAACAAAGAGAGGAGUACAUCAGUAUUCUCAAUGCCUUCAUUGAUAAAAAAGACAGCUAUUAUUCCAUCCAUCAAAUUGCUCAGAUGGGAGUCGGAGAGGGAAAACCUAUUGGUCAGUGGUACGGACCAAACACAGUCGCCCAGGUUCUCAAGAAGCUGGCCGUGUUUGACACCUGGAGCAGAUUAGUGGUGCAUGUGGCAAUGGACAACACCGUGGUCAUCGAAGAGAUCAAGCGUCUUUGUAUGCCCUGGCUGGAUGUCGCAGGAGCGUGUGGCGAGUUAGAGGGAGUGGGGGAGAUCAACGGCUGCCUGGAGGGAGCGUGUGCCCUGGCUGAGGAGGAGACGGCCCUCUGGAAACCUCUGGUCCUGCUCAUCCCUCUCAGGCUCGGUCUCAGCGACAUCAACGAGGCCUACAUUGGAACCCUCAAGCAAUGUUUCAUGUUGCCUCAGUCGCUCGGAGUUAUUGGUGGAAAACCCAACAGCGCCCACUACUUCAUCGGUUAUGUCGGAGAGGAGCUUAUCUAUUUGGAUCCACACACCACACAGCCGGCGGUGGAGCCGUGCGACGACGGACAGCUCCCCGACGACUCGUACCACUGUCAGCACCCGCCCUGCCGCAUGCACAUCUGUGAACUGGACCCAUCCAUCGCAGCGGGCUUCUUCUGCAGAACAGAGGACGAGUUCGACGACUGGUGUAUGCGCAUCAGAAGGCUGUCCUGCAACAGAGGUGGCCUGCCCAUGUUUGAACUAGUAGACAGUCAACCCUCUCACAUGGUCAGCGUGGACACCCUUAACCUUACUCCCGAUUUCUCAGACUCCGACAGGUUGGAGCGGUUCUUUGACUCAGAAGAUGAAGAGUUUGAGAUCCUUUCCCUGUGAGGGAUGUAACGAACAAUAAUUUUUACUGUACUCAACAGUGGGCGAAAGAUUACAUCUCUUCUCUGUAUCAGAAGAGAAGCCCGAGGGGAUGAACAUUUAACUGGAGACCUCUUGAGCCAAUCCAGCUCCCACUGUGUGUCUUUCUGGCACGCACGCACACACACACACACACACACACACACACACAAACACACACACACACGCACACACACACACACACACACACACACACACACACACACACACACACACACACACAGCGAUUUUGUCCAACAGCCUCUGAAUGAUGCUCUCUGUGUCCAACGGUGAGACUGCCCUAGUGGAAGCUGUAGCAGGAGCUCAGGAUCAACUCUGUAUGCACAUCUCCACAUUACAUGUGUUUCCAUUUGAGUCUUAACACUUUAAAUGUUUCUUCUGAAGUGAUAUGGUGCCUUUCCCUGACUCCAUAAGAUUUAAAGAGAGAAAAAAAGAAA